AGACUUCAAGUAAAUAUAUGAAUUUUGAUGAAACUUGUUUAGAGGAGAAGGAUUCUUCAUUAAAGAAAAGAUCUGCUAGUGAAAAGAGACGUUCUAAUUCCUCUUUGAAGAAACAUCAAAGCAAAACUGGAUGCAUUGUCAUCAAGACUGAAGAUUCAAGGGAAAACAGUUCAUGCAGUGAAUUUUGCAGCUAUUCAGAAUAUAUGAACAAAAAUGUUAAAAUAGAGCCUAAAUCGCCAAAAUAUUCGAGUGGAAAGGAUAAUCUGAUGAAACCAAAAGUAAGUCGAUGGGAAUCUAAAGAAACUGCAAUAUCCAUUAAAAAAGAACCGAGACCAAAAAGUCAUAAUCAAAGUAAAUCACCAAAUAUGCAUCAUCAUCAUCAUCAUCAUCAUAAAUCAAACAGAAAUACUCAUGAACAAUUAAAUUACAAUAGAAUGUAUGAAGAUAGAAAAAGGGAAAAAGACUACAAAAGAAAAAAUGCAAAGGAUGCUUUAAAAAGUAAUACAAACAAUCCCAAAUCUACUGCUACAGCAGAAGUAUCGAAAGCUGACGCUAGCAUGGAGUUGUCUGGUAAGCUAACUGAACAUAGUAAUACGUACAAUGGUAUAGUCAUCAAGUACAAUGAACCUGCAGAAGCCCGCAAACCUAAAAGACGUUGGCGUCUCUACCCUUUUAAAGGCUCAGAAGAACUGCCUAUGUUACCAAUUCAUAGACAAAGUGCGUAUUUAAUUGGUCGGGAACGUUUGGUUGCUGACAUCCCAGUUGGACAUCCUUCAUGUUCUAAACAACAUGCAAUAUUACAAUUUCGGAAGGUACAGUUUAAACGUAUUAAUGGAACAAUUGGAUUUAGAGUGAGACCAUAUUUGAUGGAUUUAAAUUCUUCAAAUGGGACUUAUAUAAACUGUAAAAAGAUUAAGCCACAAUGUUAUGUGGAACUUUUUGAAAAAGAUCUUAUAAAAUUUGGAUACAGUUCUCGAGAAUAUAUUUUGUUACAUGAAGAAUCAAAUACUUUAGAAGUUGAAUCUAUGGACAGAGAUGAGGUUAGUGAUUAAAUAAAUAUCUGUAUACCAUUUGACCGCUGUAAACUGAUAGAAAUAAAAUCUUAACAAACUCUUUAA